CCGUUCUAGGGCAUCAUGUCCGGUGUGGGCUACCAGCGAGUGAAAUUGCUGAGAGGUUUGGAGUUUCGAAGAGGACAAUCAGAAGGCACAUGAAACAUAGUGGCCUAAGGUAUUCACAGUUAAAUUCACGGAUUUUAUUAAGAUUAUUAGUAGUGUACUGGCGAUGUCAUUCAUUUUAAAAGGUGUUAAGUGAAAUGUAACAUUUUGUUUUUUGGUCUGCGCAGAAAGACAGAUCUCUACACACCUGUUGAUGAUGAUGCUGAUGAGGAGUUGGACCGUAUUGUAAGCGAAGUCCACAGAAGCCAUCCAAACACCGGCUACAAGCUAAUGCGUGGACAUUUGAAUGCUAGAGGUGUGCGUGUUCCAAUCUCAAGACUGCGAGAGUCUUUGCACAGAGUGGAUGCUGAGGGAGUGUACAUGAGACCUCUACGGCUGCAUGUAAUAAGACGACGGCAGUAUUCUGUUCCUGGCCCAAACUCUUUAUGGCACAUAGAUGGUCACCACAAGCUCAUAAGGUGGAGAUUUGUUGUCCAUGGUGGGGUGGACGGAUUCAGUCGACUGGUGGUCUACCUGAAUGUGGCUGGCAAUAAUAGGGUUAGCACUGUCCUACAGAGCUUUAUCAAUGCCGUUCAGCAGUACGGGCUGCCGUCAAGAGUACGGUCUGAUAAAGGAAGAGAGAAUUCAGACGUAGCAGAAUUCAUGAUCAGGAGCAGAGGUACCAACAGGAACUCUCACAUCACAGGCAGAAGUGUACACAAUCAGCGAAUAGAGAGGAUGUGGAGAGAUGUUUAUGAGCAUGCCCUAGAUGCAUGCACUGAUCUCUUCUAUCAGAUCUUCACUUCAUUGGAAGAUCAGGGAACACUCAAUCCAGACAACGAAGUCCAUCUUUAUGCCCUGCACCGGAUCUUCCUUCCCCAAAUUCAGAGAACCCUCAGCUCCUUCAGAGAUGCUUGGAACUUUCAUGGACUUAGAACUGAAAGGAAUCAAUCACCUAAUGAACUCUGGAGAAGAUACAGAGAGCAAGGCCCCAUGGAGGAUCCUGCAGAGGUUUAUGAAGACUAUGGGAUCGACUGGAAUGGGCCUCACAAUCAGCAUGGAGACACUGUCAGUUCCUGAGAUUCAGAUGGCCCGUGAGCUCUCAGAUGAAGAGGUUGCCAUUUUGCCAGUUUCAGGAGUUUCUUUAAAUGAUGCAAUUGGAUCAUAUUUGGAGACAGUGCAAGUUUUGUCAAGAAUCAUUGGAGACUGAUAUCUUAACCAGGCCUUUUAUUUUAUUUAGCAUGUGCAAAUGUCACUCAUGAAUUAGUUAACUUGAUUUGUCAAUAAAAAUCUGAAAUAAUA